AUACAGGAUCACAUGGGAUCGAAUAUAGGCAAUGCACCAAGCGCCAGCUCGCCUAUUUCGAAAAACAUGCGCCACACAAAUGGUUGGGACUACAAACUGCAAUCGCCUUUCGCACAUCGAAAAAUUUCGGGAGACAGCUCACAACCGGCUCUACAGAUAGCCAAUCUCUCGUCGAGUACGGCAAAACAACAACGCUUUAAGCCGCCUCAGCUGUUGACAACAUUUGUGCCGGCGGCAGGUAAUGCGAGCUCGUCAAACUCGACCGGUUUUACAGUAACAGCGCCGAGUGUGCAGAGCCAGCCAAAUACGUCCACAAUUGAAACAGUCGCAAUCACGACAACGCCUAUAAAUGCGCCAUCGACACUAAGUAGCCCAAAGCACUUCUUUGCGCCACUUAAACCCCGGCUGAAACUCAACACAGAUUUGGCUAAUAAAACCACGAACAACACCAACGUGCCUGGGGUACCACCCCUAAGUUCCAAUCCAACAACAGCGGCGGUCGAUGUUGAAGCAAAUGCCUGCCAAAAUUGCGACCCGCCUGACCUCUAUGUACACAACGGUGUGGCUUCGCCCUACCAGCGUCAAAUAGCGACCGCAACGACUGCGGCCAAUGCGGUGCCACCGCCAGUGCCUCAACGUGGCAGCUCCUCUCAAACGGAGUCUGUCAAUUUGGAAACGAUCCUCAAUGACAUCCAAGCUAUAUCAGAGGACAUUUUGGCGAUUCAGCUGGACAAGCGAAAGGGGAAUGAUAAUGACAUCAACAAGCCGCUGGAACAGAACGACAAAAACAAGAAGCCUUACCGUUCUGAAAUGAAUCUGACACUCCAGUACGACGGGGUAAGUCAAGCCACUACUGCCGCCAACAAGACCGCGACCGCAACACAGACGUCUUUCGGCAGCAACGGCGGCCACAACGCCCGCUGUACGCGUUCAUUGGAACGCGAACACACCGAUAGUCCGUCGCCCCACAUACCCGACGCAAUGGUCCCCUUUCCAGACAAACGUACCUACAUCGGCUUUGAUCAGCUGAACAACGAGGCAAUAAUUGAGCUGCCGCCUUCAAGCGUUGCAAAUAUGCAAAGACCGCCACUGCCAACAGUAGUAAGUGCACCCAACAAGGCACAUCCACCAACGCCGCCGGCGCGCGGGUAUCCAUCGCCGCUUAACAUACGCUGCGCGGGUUUGGCGCGUGGCACGCCUGUGGCAAUACCAGAGCCACCGGGAGAGGAGACGGCGAGCAGUGCACAGGGCAGCACGCCAGUGAUAGUAGGCCUUGCACCAAACAAAAGCCAACUUUAUACCGCUAUAGCGAAUGCGGCAGCUAAGCGCGCGCAGUAUCGUUCAUCAAUGGCGCAUUCACUAGAAGGGCAUAUGUCCGCUGCAGCUGCAGCAGCGGGGACGGAUACGAAUAAUGCGGAUGCCGCAAACGAGGCGCUGAGUAGUGAGGCUGCGCGACGGAAAGCGCGACGCGUUUCAAUCGUUUGUGGCGACUCAAGUACGCCGGACUCACCUGACGCAGUGACAAAUCCUCACCUAAUUCGAUCUCAAGCACAAAUUAAUUUGAGUGGCGUGCAGGAUGCCGCCACAGCUACUAAUUCAAAUUCAGCGAACACAACAAUAACAACAGCGAAUACGAUUUCUCCAUCCGUAGGUAGUUGCUCAGACCUGCCAUCCGCGCUGGUUAAUCCAGCGCUGAGGAACCUCAAGCAGACCAGCCACAGCACACCCAAUUCACCACAUUCCUUGCGACGUCGCAGUAACAGUAACACUAUGAGCCCGCAUAACAGCGUUGCUGACACCGCACAUCCCCCACAAUCACUGUCGGCCAACACGUCCCCGCGCCACACGGCUACCGUACACCAUCAUCACAGCAAUAGCAGUUGUAGUAAUAUUUCCGCGGCUCAACAACGAAAAUCCAGUCAGGACUCUACGCCCGGCAACCCGACAGAAUUGGCUGCUGUUGAGGCAAUUGCAGGGCGCUCACGUUGUUCCAGGCGUCACUCCGACGGUACGGUGGCGAGUAAUGCGCAUCGCAUUAGUGGCACUUCCGGUCAUCACCACCAUCAUCGCCACCAUCAUCAUCAGCACAGUUCGUCGGUGCUCAGCAACAAUCUGCAUCACAGCCAUCAUUCGCAUCAGGACAGCACUUCGUUGUCGGAACACGGAUCGAACAGUUCGGCUUCGUCGCGAGAAUCCUCGACUUCGUUCAGUGUGCGUUCACAUCGGCGGAAAAUCUCAAUUAGUUCGCACACCGGGGGUAAGAUACCAUGGUGUGGGUGCUGGGGCAACGGCUGCUUGUAGGUAAGAUAAAUGCAUACAAAUGUAUGUAUAGUUGUGUGGCGCGAGUGUAUUUUAAAGUGUAUAAAAACGUCUAAGUAAAUGUAGUAAAUUUGAAUUUAUAUAUAAAUACACAUUAAUUAGUUUUAUUAUAUUUAUCAAUUUAAAUGUAUUUAAAUUCGU